AUGGCCACCCCUCAAAAGCAUAAAGAUCCAGCAAAAGGCUGUAAAGUUUGCGACCGUCGGCGCAUUCGCUGUGAUCUUGAACGUCCCUUCUGCCAAAAAUGCCAAAAGAAAGGACUCAAGUGCCCAGGGUACGGUCCUCAACUGAAAUGGAUCGGUGGUGUUGCAGCACGAGGUCGAUUGAAAGGUCUGAACACGCCGGGUUAUCAAGGUGUUUCUCCAGGAAAGUCUCAGGCUUCGACGAGACCGCUUGUCUUGCCCACAGCAGACCUCGAGAGCGCUGGAUACAGCCCACACAGACUCGACCUCCUAACUGCCGGUGCUGAUUUUCAAUCUUUCACAUCUGGGCUUCUCGAAUACUACAGCAAAAGCAUCGCGGGACUUAUGGUGUGGUUAGACACAGACCAGAACGACUACCGAAGACGCGUGCUCCCCUUGGCCAAGAAUGAACCCGGCCUCCGUCUCGCAGUCGCAGCGAUAUCUGCACAGCAUGGGUCCGCCCUCUUUCCCCACAGCCCACCCGAAUUUCCUGAGUUGGCUCGAGACGCAUGUUUGGGAUUCAUACAGCGUAGCGCUGAGGAAAUGACUCAUAGACUCACUACAGGAUCUGUACUGGAUUCAUGUACAGAUCUGGUCACUGCAGAGUGGAUGCUGGCGUCCAUCCUCAUCAUGAUCUGCUUCGAGAUGGUGCAGUCUCGGCUUGAAGCCGCUGAGUGUCACCUGAAAGCCGCUCGAAGGCUUAUAAAUAUCUUCAGUUCAACCAAUGCUGGUACUAGCGAGCUGUUCGGCUUCCUCCAGAACCAAUUGUCCAUCCACGACGUACUUGCCUCGACAACAUCGUUUAAUUUGCAAGACCUGGAGAACACCAUAACACCACCGCCCAAUACUAAGAUGACCAUAUUUUCCGAGUACCUUACGUUACUACACCGCGUAACUCUAACAUCUCGACAAGCCGCAUGCCGCUCAGACACCGAUUCGUCAACUCUGCCACAGCAGUUGAGUGCCAAUUUUGUUCGAUCUCAGUUUGAGCAAGCAAGGGGCGCCACCUUGUUAACAGCGGGCAAGCUGCAUCUUGAGCACUCAACACCACGCCAUGACCUAGUUCACCUUGUUGAGACCUACCACAACGCUGCCCUGCUUUAUUCGUAUCGAUGCGUAGGUCUCGAAAAAUUGGAUCCUGCAACGCGUCUAGAGCAGCAAUUAUUGUCUUUACGACUCCUGGAUCAACUUCUGCAGUUUGACGACCAGAAAUUGCACCUCCAGAAUCUUCCCUGGCCUGCCCUGAUUGCGGGCACGGAAUGUCACGGGAAUGUAGACCAGCAAGGCAAAGUCGUCAAAGUCUUUCUCGAUAUUUACGAGUCGACAAAGUUUAAACACUAUCUGGAGAUACUUGAAUUUCUUCAAACUUUCUGGAAUGGCACACAAACUGACUGGCGGAUCCUCGCCCAGGAUUGGGAGGCCGCUGGGCGUCGCAUCCUGGCUGUCUAG